AUGGCAACGCUGAUGAGUCAAUACCAACAAGGACUCAAGAAGGACAUCCGAUUGGCCCUGGUUCUAGCGAGGACUCAAUUCACUGCACUGACCGACCUGAGCAACCUUGCCCUGAAGAUCGAUAACGAAAUCAAUGGCGCAGACCCAUGCGCGGUGGACCCCACCCCUUCUACAGCCGACCCUAACGCCAUGGACAUAUCGGCGAUGCGCGGACCGCUCUCAAGUUUGGACAAGGCCAGCAUGAUGCGCGCCAGGCUGUGCUUUUUCUGCGGCGAAAAGGGCCACAUCGCGAGGGGCUGCCCGAAGAAAGGGAAGGGCAAGAACAACGUGGACGCAAGGAUCGCCGAACUGGAGGACCAAGUACGACGACUCACCACUGGGGAGGGUACAAGCGGCGGGGCGAGCAGGGCAGACGAGUCAAAAAAUGGCGAAGCUCGGGUGUCAGGGUUGUGCCUCACCCGAGCGGAGGGAUUGUAG